GCUGGGGCCGCAGGCUGCGGCCGGCGGGUGCGCUCGGACUCGCUGUCGAGGGAACCGGACCGUCGUGGCGCCGCGUGGCCGCAGGACCUAAGCCAGGACCAUGUGACACUUGGUCACAUCCCCUUGGGUCCCUCUGGGCUGUGACACCCGAGACAGUUUCGAGUCCCCAGGUGACAAGCAUGGCGGCCCCGCCGCUCCCACCACCAGACCCCCAGUUUGUCCUCCGAGGCGCCCAGUCGGCGGUGCACGCACUGCAUUUCUGUGAAGGAGCCCAGGGGCAGGGGCGCCCGCUGCUCCUCUCAGGGUCCCUGCGCGGGCUGGUGCACAUCUGGAGCCUGCAGACACGGAGGGUGGUCGCCACCCUGGACGGCCAUGGGGGCCAGUGUGUGACCUGGCUGCAGACACUGCCCCAGGGGCCCCAGCUCCUCAGCCAGGGCCGCGACCUGAAGCUGUGCGUGUGGGACCUGGCGGAGGGCAGGAACGCCGUCGUGGACUCCGUGCUCCUGGAGAGCGUGGGCUUCUGCAGGGGCUCUGUGCUGGCUGGGGGCCUGCAGCGCUGGAUGCUGGCUGUGCCGGGGAGAGGCAGCGAUGAGGUUCAGAUUCUGGAGAUGCCGUCCAAGACGUCAGUGUGCUCCCUGAAGCCCGAGGCACAGGCCAGGCCGGGCAUGCCCAUGUGCCUGCAGCUCUGGCAGGCUGACUCCAGUCCCCGCCCUCUCCUCCUGGCCGGCUACGAGGACGGCUCGGUGGCCCUGUGGGACGUCUCCUCACGGAAAGUGUGCAGCCGCGUUGCCUGCCACACGGAGCCCGUCAUGGGUCUGGACUUCGACUCCCAGGAGGCCAGGGGCGUCUCAGGCUCUGCGGAGAAGACGCUGGCCGUCUGGAGCCUGGAUGAGCAGCAGGCCCUGCAGGUGCGUGGGACUCACGUGCUCACCAACCCCGGGAUCGCCGACGUCAAGAUUCGGCCAGACCGUCGGAUCCUGGCCACCGCGGGCUGGGACCAUCGCGUCCGUGUGUUUCACUGGCGGACGAUGAAGCCGCUGGCCGUGCUGGCCUUCCACAGCGCCACCGUGCACUGCAUGGCCUUUGCUGCCGACGGCUUGCUGGCCACAGGGUCUGGGGAUCAGCGCAUUAGUGUCUGGUCUCUCUACCCGUGCACGUGACUCGUGGCUCCUUGUGAGGACACUUGGAUAGCUGGAAGGUGGUGCAAGGGGUUGGAGGCCAUGGGCCACGGGCCCCUCUGGUCAUGGGAAGAGCCAGUCAUUCGGGCUUCCUUUCUGCAUGGGACCUGCUCCCUUUCAUGAAGCACAGCAUCUGUGCCACAGUGACUGCCGUUUAAAGCAUAACCAGGCCAGACACUGGGCACCAGCAACCCAGACAAGAGGCCGACCCGGGGGCUCCUGAUAAUAAACUUGUUUGCAAACCUG